AUGACCUCGUCCUUAUUGAUAGAAAACAAAAGAACAAAAUUAGAACAUGCUGUAUUUACAUUGACUUGUGUGUUCUCAGUCAUAAGAGCACAUUCAUAUUUCAACGUCAAUGCCAAUAUCGUUCAACAGCCUGCAUCUUUUCGAAGUAAUACUGUACGUCAACAGCAACAAGUUCGAUCAUCCGCAUCAAAUGAAAAGAGACGACCGCAUAAAUCCCAUAAAAAUGAAAUUUUAUUGAAUCCAGUUAAAAUUAACCAAUUACAAUAUCACAAAUACGGUAUUCAAUGGAGAUCAGAUAAAUACGAUCAAGAAAAAUCAUUAUUCGAGUGUGAUGUUUCGGUUACACACAAGGAAGAUAAUGAUGAUAAAGUUAUUUCCUCGAGUUCACCAACUAAUACAAUGACAAAUAAAAUUGAUGGUAAUCAAUCGCCAACGAAUACUAGUCUAUUGAUGAAUAAUACAUUACAAACGGAUGAUUCGAAUUCAAUAUUAUCCAUUACACACGAUGGCACAUACCAAACAGCUUAUUCAUCAAUAUCCUAUUGCGAAUAUCCAGAAAAAGAAACAACAGAUAAACAUAUUAUGAAAAAUGUAGAUAAUGAAUAUGAUAGAAACCGAUAUCGGUCAAUGAGUGUUUGUGACAAUAUGGAAUCUCAUCAAAUUGAAGAAUAUGAUAAAAUCAAUGGUUUAUUAAACGAAUAUGAAAAGGGUGAUUCAUCCAUUAGUGAAAAUACAUUAACUAAUAGUGUAAAAGAUUUAAUUGAAAAAUUUGAAAAGAAUUCAAAACAUAAAUUAUCAUCGAUAAGAGUCAACUGGACAAAUAGAAAAAUAACAUACAAAAGUCAUUCAAAGCAAACUUCGAAUAAAAUAAAUUCAAGCACAAAUAAUUCAGAGAAUGAAAUUGAAUUAAAUCAAAAUUAUUCUAUUACACAUACGAAUGAAAAAUCAAUUACCACUGUAUUGCUAUCGUCAUCAUCAUCGUCGAUAUUACAAGUAACAGAUACUGGUCAAACAAUUGUCAGUGCAGAUAUAUUUUACGCUAUAAUACAAACGAAAACGUUUUUUUUAUAUACAAUGUAUCAAAUUAUAUUAUUCCUGUUCGGUAUCUAUCCUGCUUUGUCUUUGACAAUACCAGCAACGGAUCAGCAACAGAAUUACUACUCAACAGAACCGUACACAAGUGAAGGGCAGACACAAGAACUAACAUCAACUAUAAGUAUUACACCAUUAAAUUGUAGUGACGCAUCUGGUGGAGGAUAUAUAUGGCCAAGUGACAGUAGUUUUGUUAACAGACAAGUGACAAAUGUUUACGACGCUUAUCCGUCCGAUACUGUCACUAUAACUAUAACGGGAAUUAAACAAGAUGAACAACGGGGCUAUGCGGCUGAUGCUAUUAUCAAUCCCAACCUAUCAAAUAGUUUUCUGCUGCGAGCCUUGGCAAACCCGUCAGGAAAUGGACGAGUAUAUACCAUUUAUUUCCAAGCGCUAGCAUCGAUUGCUGGUAAUUGUUCAGGAAUAGUUCAGGUAGGCGUUCCAGUUAGUUUACCAUUAGCAGAUAACAUUACUGAUGAUGGUGCACUUUAUGUAUCCACGGGAAAUAAUCCAUCGGCCAGCGGCUAUGGAAGUUAUUAUGAUUAA